AUGGCUGGCAUAGAUUAUCUCCCCAAUGUCCUCACCUUUGGGCAGAUCUUUGUCCUGCUUCUCAGGCAUGCUGUCCAGGCCAGCGGAGCCGGUCCAGUCGUGGAAACGGACAAGGGAAAGAAAAUUGAUACAUUCCUUGGCAUUCCAUUCGCUGAACCUCCUUUGGGAGAGCUGCGGUACAGACCCCCAAUCCAGAAAGAACCAUGGACUACAAUCUUCGACGCAACACGGUUACCAAAUUCCUGCUUUCAAGAUUAUGAUUAUUUUUUCGGGAAUUUUUCCGGAUCUACCAUGUGGAAUCCGAACACACAACCCAGCGAGGAUUGCUUGUAUUUAAAUGUGUGGGUACCUCGUACCAACCCUCCAUACAUGAACAAGGCGGUUCUUGUGUGGGUUUACGGUGGGGGUUUCUACAGUGGCUCUUCAACAUUAGAUAUAUACCAGCCUUCAUACUUAGCUGUGGAAAACGAUAUCAUUGUGGUCUCUAUGCAAUACCGAGUGGGUUCUCUAGGGUUUCUGGCUUUAGACACAGCAGAAGCGCCAGGAAAUGCAGGGCUUUGGGAUCAGCGGAUGGCUUUGGAGUGGGUGGCAAGGAAUAUUCACAACUUUGGAGGAAGUCCCCACAAUGUGACACUAAUGGGUGAGAGUGCAGGAGCUGUCAGUGUAGGAAUUUUCUUGCUGUGUGACAUCUGCAUGAAUUACUUCCACAGAGCCAUCCUGCAGAGUGGAGCACCCCAGGCAAAAUGGGGGGUACUGCCUAAAGAGAUCAUAAAAAAGCGCUCAGAGCAACUCGCUGCGUCCGUUGGCUGCGAUCUCAGCAAGGACCACACUUAUCUCAUUGAGUGCCUUCGGUCUGUUCCAUACACAUCCGCAACACUCACUCAAGAAAUCUUGAAGACUUCGGGAGCUAUACAGUUUCCAUUUGUCCCUAUUGUAGAUGGCAUUCUUAUAAGACAGAGCCCUUCGCAGCUUCUCAGAUCCGGCAACUUCAAAAAGAUCCCAAUUCUCCUGGGAAGCAAUGAGAACGAAGGCACGUUUUUUAUUGUGUACACAGACGUGAGGUUUAAGAACCUGACUAAUCCUGACAUGUCCAGCAAUGUCUGGGAUUCGUUCAUGAAACAGAGGAUAUUCCAAUACUACCCCCACCACCCAUUCUUUCUGAACGAGUUCGGACAAGAAGCGAUUUUAUUCCACUACCGAGACUGGUUGAAGCCCGACGACGAGGCUAGCCUAAUUUCAUCUAUGGACCGAGCGGUCAGUGAUUGCUACUUUGUGUGUCCAGUCAAUGAGCUGGCUCGAAUUUACUCUAGGCAUGAUAUGCCUGUCUACUACUACUGGUUUAAUCAGCGAUGGUCAGCGAGUCCCUGGCCCGCUUGGAUGGGCGUGCUGCAUGCUGACGAGAUCUGGUUCACCUUUGGACAUCCUCUCAACAAUUCUUACUCCUUUACCAAAGAAGAACGGGAUCUCAGUCGCAAAAUGAUGACGUACUGGACAAACUUCGCAAAAACAGGAAACCCAAACCGUGCUCCUGGUGACGCCCCACUACCCGAGUGGCCGCAGUUCAAACACAACGAGCAGCUGUACCUCAACAUCAGCGUCGCCUCGUUUACUUCAGGUCGAACUUGGGGUCAAGGGCCAAGGACGCAGCACUGUGCAUUCUGGGAUAUAUAUCUACCAAAGCUUUUGGCGGAGACGUCUGACAUCAGUGACGCUGAGAAGGAAUGGAAAGAACAGUUCUACGAGUGGAAAACUCACUACAUGGUGGACUGGAAGACACAGUUCGAGAACUUUCUCAACAACCACCAUAGGCUCAUGAGUGUGUGCGGAGGGACCGGUCCGUGA